AUGGCUCUUAGCUUCUUCAGUGGCGGAGGCAGUGCGAGUUACGCAAAGUACUUCGAUAUCCGAGGAGGAGAGCAAGAGGCCGCCAGUGCCCAACUCAGUGGAAAGCUACUUCUAUGUCUAUCGGAGCCUCUUGCUGCCAAGCACGUUAGAUUGAACCUCACUGGCAUCUCGCGAGUAUGUUGGCAUCUCCCAUCAGGUUCGGCCAGCGGUAGCAGGAAAUCGUGGAGGGAAAAGGUGUUUUAUGAAAAGACCUGGACCUUCCGGGACGCCGGCAAGAGCAAGACCGAGGUCCUCGCUGCGGGCAACUACGAGUUCCCCUUUCAUGUGAUUCUGGAGGGCUCGAUGCCGGAGAGCGUCGAGGGUCUCAGUGAUACCUACGUGACCUACCGCUUCAAGGCGGAAAUCGGUCGCAAGUACGCCAAGGAUAUUGUCGUGAGGAAACCGCUGCGGAUUAUUCGGACCUUGGAAUCCAGUGCGCUGGAGCUGUCUCAUGCGAUGUCCGUGGAGAACAUCUGGCCCAACAAGAUUGAGUAUUCGAUCAGCACGCCGACCAAGGCCGUCAUCUUUGGAACCAGCCUUCGGGUGGAUUUCAAGUUAAUACCCCUCCUCAAGGGCCUUAAGAUCGGACAGAUCGUCUCUCAGCUCAUUGAGAGCCACGACCUGACCCUCAACCCGGAAGAUCCCGAUUCCAUCCGCAACACAUACAAAAGCACCAGGACAAUUGUCAGCGACGAAUACGAGUUGGAUGACGAAGGCAGCCUCGAAAUCAUCGACGAAGAGGCGGAGGGGUAUCAGUUUUCCCGGUAUUUGGACCUUCCUAAGACCUUGACGCGCUGUCUGCAAGACACGGAUACUCGGGGCAUCAAGAUCCGACACAAGUUGAAGUUCCGGGUCCAGCUGCUGAAUCCUGAUGGUCACAUCAGCGAGUUACGAGCUACUCUCCCAGUCUCCAUCUUCAUUUCUCCCAACCUUGCCAUCGAUGAAAACAACAACCUGGUCGACCAGACCCCCCAGACCGCCCGGCGAGCGGUCGACGAUAUUGCUCAGCAGGCGCCUCCCCUGUAUGGCGAGCACCAGUUCGAUCAACUCUACAGCGAAGUCGACCCCAGCGGCUACCGGACCCCCGGACCGGGCAGUGGACCAGGCACUCCUUUCGGUGCCCUCAGCCGGAAUAUAUCCUCAGAGAACCUCGCGUCGAUGAACGCCUUGACCAGCACCGACCUCUCUGUCUCUGCCUUGCAGACUCGAUUGUCCAAUCUGCAUGCGAGCCGAUUCAGCAACCCCUCGCCGACCGAAAUCGAUAAUCAUGCCGACAGUGAACAGCGACGCCUGGGCAUAUCGACGGCCGACUACUUUGGCCCUUCCUCCGGAUCCAAUUCGCACAGCCCCGCAAGUCCCGAACUCUCCCGCAGACCUUCCGAUGAAGGAUACCGCGAUCACGACCACAUCCCCUCGGGCAUGGCCACUCCAUUCCACCCUCAGUAUGCGGAGGUCGAGACGCUCAGCCGGGUCCCCAGUUAUUCGACCGCCAUGCGAUCCACUGUCCGUCCAUGCGAUAGCGAACUGCCAGACUACCAGGCUGUGGUCGCGGAGGAUACCGCGAUGCCGGCACUGCAGUCCCCGCAGCAAGCCUACAUCCGCAGCGCCGGCCGGGGGACCUCGAUGAACACGGGAAUUGACGUCCAUCAACUUCGCUCCGGGCAUUUCAGUUCGCGGACUUCGAAUUCACAUGAUGAAGAGGAUCGCCGGCUCCGACUGGUCCAGGCCCGGGCCAGAGUUUAA